AUGAAACUGCCACAGGGGUUUGAAUCUGAGAAGCCUAACCAAGUAUGCAAGCUUCGCCGCUCCUUGUAUGGCCUCAAACAAGCGAGUAGGCAGUGGAACUCAAAGCUCUGUGCUGCUCUGCUACAGAUGAUGUUCGUGCAAUCAAAAUCCGAUCCUUCUCUGUUUACUAAGGGGGAAGGUGCUACCUUUAUAGCAGUCCUUAUAUAUGUUGAUGACAUACUGCCUACCAGCCCAGACAUAUCCCAGAUUCAUAGCCUAAAGAUGUAUCUUGAUAAUGCUUUCAAGAUAAAAGACUUAGGCGAGUUGGGUUACUUUCUUGGAAUUGAAGCACGGAGUAGUGACACAGGUUUGAACCUCUGCCAGCGCAAAUAUGCUAUGGACAUUCUUACAGAAACCGGUUUCCUUGAGUGCAAGCCGGCUUCCUCUCCUAUGGUUCCUGGUAUUCAUUUAUGUCAUGGAGACAGUGAGCCCAUUGCUGACAUUGGCUCGUAUAGAAGACUUGUUGGCCGAUUGUUAUACCUCACGGCUACAAGACCAGACAUAGCAUAUGCCAUUCAACAGCUCAGCCAGUUUGUCGAUUCACCAACUGUGAAACACAUGCAAGCGGCGCACCAUGUUCUGCGAUAUAUCAAACGAGCCCCUGGGCAGGGCAUCUUUUAUCCAAAAGGCGAAGCCACACAACUCAAUGUUUUCUUCGACUCUGACUGGGCUACAUGUUCAGAAUCCCGUCGUUCCAUAACAGGUUUUUGUGUGUUUCUUGGCAGUGCGCUAAUUUCUUGGAAAUCCAAGAAACAAUCGACGGUAUCUAGAUCUUCCUCCGAAGCCGAGUACAGGGCAUCAGCCGCAACUGUGAGCGAAGUCCAAUGGAUCACCUUUCUUCUCUCCGAUUUGCAGAUGAAAAUGAAAAAGCCUGCAGCGGUGUUUUGUGACAACAAAUCCGCCAUUGCCAUAGCCGAGAACUCAGUAUUUCAUGAAUGCACGAAGCAUAUCGAGAUAGACUGUCAUCUCGUACGCGAAAAAGUUUCCCAAGGCCUCAUAAAGCUUCUGUCUGUCUCUUCUUCGAAUCAAACAGCCGACGGAUUCACUAAACCUCUUCCAAUACCACAGUUUCAGUUGUUUACAUCUAAGUUGGGCACACAAGAUUUGUAUGCGCCAACUUACGGGGGGGUGUUGGAAGAAGAAAAAUAA